AUGGUCUGCAGCCAGACCAUAAAAGACCAGUCGGUGUGUGCCAAGACCUUCUGUGGUGCAGGGAGAGAGUGUGUAUCGACUGACAGAGGAGAGCCAGUGUGUCGAUGUUUACAGCAGUGUGACGUGUCAGAGCACUGGGUGUGUGGCAGUAAUGGGAGGUCAUACCGGAACCACUGUGAGCUGCACAGGGAGGCCUGUGUCACCCAGACCAAGAUACACCUGCAGCACAGAGGACACUGUAGCAUGCAAAUGUCCCAUCCUGUGUCUUUGUGCUGUACAGUGGUGUGUUUCCUGUCUGAUCGGGAUUGGCUGAGAGCCAGAGUGAUCCAGUGGAUUCAGGAGGAGGUGGAGUCCGGUGACAGCCUGGCCUCAAACAGGUCCUCAGCGAACGACCUGCUGCAGAUGUACUUCCAGACCUAUGAUAACGGGGAUUCCCGGCUUGAUUCAAAAGAAUUCCUGAGGUUCCUGCAGCACAAUGAGACGUCCCUCAACCUCACACACAGCAGUAAUCAAGAGAAUAACCUGCUACUGAGGUCUCUCUGUGUCGAUGCUCUCAUAGAGCUGUCAGAUGAAAAUGCUGACUGGAAGCUCAGUUUAACUGAGUUCAUCAACUGUCUGACACCCGACUACCAGCCACCUGAAAGACAGUGUGCUCUAGAGGAUGAGGUGUUUGAGGAUGGAGCUGAAACUCAGAUGGAGUGCAACAAGUGUGUGUGUGCCUGUGGGAACUGGGUCUGCACUGCUCUGACCUGCGAAGGAGAGCAUCAGGUAGAGAAUGAUGUGAGCGAGGGAGGAGAAGAGGAAGAGAUGACAGAAGAGGAGUGGAGCAGAAGAGUGGCUGAACUCAACGCUGUACAGGAGACAGCUGCCAUGGAGACGUAA